AUGCCUGGACAGAAGCUCAUCGUUUGCUUGGUGCAAUUUCUCGAGCGUACACUCCUCGAUUUCGUGCAGAGGCUUGAAGGAAACGGGUACAGUAAUGGCUCAUUGGACGACAGUGGGCAGCCUGAAACGCCAACCACCGUACUUUGGUUGUAUUAUUUGCUGGCGCAGCACUACGACAGAUUGGGAUCUGUGCAUCAGGCUCUCAUGUACAUCGAUCGCGCCAUCCAGCAUACUCCGACGCUGAUUGAGCUCUACAUGAUCAAGGCCAAAAUCUACAAGGUGAGAUUUUGCUUUUUGGCGCCUCGCUGUUUGCACACCACCAUAACAGGCCACUCCACUGGCAACAUUGUGACAGGCGAGUGGCCAGCAUUAAACAGUUAUUUUUAUUAA